UAUCUCUGCACCGCUAUAUAUUUCGGGCUAUCUCUGCACCGAGAUAAUACCCGUUUACUGCCAACAAACACUCGGCAGUAAUGGCUUCAUGUAACAACAGCAGGAAAUGGUAUGUUGGUGUGGAAUGGAAAAAGACAAUUGGUGAGAACGGGGACGUGUAUACCCGCCCUGAAUCAAACAUCAAAUGGCUAUAACACAACUCCACAUAACAAAAUAUCGGAAAGAUUGUGCAACAUCAUAACAUCAAACCAAUACUUGUGCUCUUAUGAACUCAUUUGUCAGAUUUCAAUGGCAUGGAAGGGAAUGUUUUCAUUUAUUUUUUGUAAAUGCUGCCCUUUGUAUAUGGACUUUACUUACAACACCUCUUUGAUGAAAGUGAGGACAAGGACCUCACCUUUGAAAAAAGGUGCCCCCUUUCCCAUGCUCGAACUGGCUCUUAUUAAUAUUUUAUAUAAUUGUAUUAUACUGUUAUGGCUAUGCAGGAGCCAGGCAGGACCAAAGGCUUUUUAUGCAAGCAUUGUGGUAUAGUAUGUUCAAACAUGCCAAGUCUUUUGGAGCAUACAGACACUUAUCAUCAGUCAGAGGAUGAUCGGAGAUUUAAAUGUGAUGAAUGUGGACGGGGAUACAGGCAUGCUGGCAGUUUGGCUAAUCACAAGAAGACGCACGAGGUCGGAUCCUUUCAGUGUCACAUAUGCACCCGUAAGCUUUCUAAUGCAUUGGCUCUCAAAAGUCAUUUGCGUAUUCACACAUCACGAAAGAAAUAUUCCUGUAUAGAGUGUGGCAAAGCCUUUCGCCUGGGAACUCAGCUGGCUACUCAUCAAAAGGUCCAUCGAAAUAGAGAGUUUCGGGGAAGGACCAGGAGCAGUGACUUUCCACAAGAUCAGCUUGGAAGCAUUUGUGAAAAUGACCAAGUGCCGCAAGUAGAUGAGCAGGAUUUCAGCAUGAUGUCAGAUCUGCCCUCGGGUAUGGAGUUGGAUGUUUCCCCUGAAAACAGUUUUAGCAAUGGCCUGAUGUCAGAGCUUAUUCCAGGCUCUAUCACUGAAACUGACACCGCAGCCAGUGGUGAUAACGGAGACCGACCGUUUAAAUGUGAUAUGUGUGAGAAGACCUAUAGACAUCAUGGAAGCCUGAUAAAUCAUAAGAAAACUCAUCAAAUGGGAAUAUUUGAGUGUCCAGUCUGUUUCAAACAGUUUAACAAUCUUGCUGCCCUUAACAGUCACCAACGAAUUCACAGUAAAACCCGAGGCCGGUCUAGCACAGUUACCACAGUGACCCCUAAAGCUUCAUACACAGACUCUAAAUCAGAACAGACAUCAGAUGUUUUGCAGAACGGGGCCACAAGUGUCUUUUUUUGUCAUCUUUGUCAAGUAGUGUUUCCUAAUGAUGAUGAGUUUCAGAAUCAUGUUAUGUUGCAUAACUCAUCUUCUGUGUCCUUUGAGCUCCCUGCUAGCAUAUCAGAGGACCAUAAUUUUUCAUAUAAUCAUGAUAUUACUCAGUCUCCUGAGUCUAAUCCAUAUCCAUCCUCCAGUGACACUCCACCAUUGCCUCCAUUACUCGAUAAAGCUGUUUAUGACCAAAACCCAGGGGCCAAUGGAAAUGGUCAUAUAUAUGUACCUCAUCCCAUAGGUGAUGACCCAACUCUUUUAGAUACUCAGGGAGAGCAUCUAGCCCUGCCAUCAGAAAACCUCAACCCUGAACCAUCAGAGCAAGCUACAGAUGAUAUUAAACAGGAUGAAGCAGGAAGCUCUGACCGUCGUUUUAAAUGCCAGAUUUGUGGUAAGAGCUACAGACAUGCAGGUAGUCUCAUUAACCACAAGCGCUCCCACCAGACAGGAAUUUUCCAGUGUUCUAUUUGCCGCAAGAACUACCCACAUCUGGCUGCCUUGCGCAGCCACCUUCGCAUUCAUAAAGGCAGGCCUUCCUUGGUAACCCCCAGUGCUGAAGGGGAUUGGCUUUCCUCAGAACCACUAACACAUGAAAAUCAGCACAGAGGUUUUUCAUGUCAUGAAGAUGAUGAUGUAAGUGAUAUUCUAGAUCUCCCUCAGGAUCUGGGAGAAUCUGCAUGCAUGAAUUCCGAUGAAGAAAAUAUCAAUGAGCUGGAGGACACAGAAUGCCAAGAGCAGUUUCACAGUUCCUUCUCUGAGGACAGACAUAUGCACUUACCUCAGGGUGAAGCCCUCAUGGAGAGGCACAUGUGUGCAGACUGUGGAAAGACAUUUACUGAUAUUGCAGGGAUCAAGUCACAUGUGUGUCCUCUCUUGAAUCAGCCGUAUCAGUCGAUGACCAAUGGUUCAGAUGACCACAUGGAAUUCAAGGCUUCAAAUCAUGAACAACCUUUGGAAGAUCCAGGGGAGGGCAUUAGUUUUGAGGGACACAAUGGUAGUACAGCUGAGGGGUAUUUUACAGAGCAGAACUUUCAUGACACUAUGCAUUGUGAGAUGAUGAGUGAUGAUGAAGAUAAUGGUCACUGUGAAGAUGGUGAUGAGGAGGACGAUGGAGAAAUGUAUCAGUGCUCAGUGUGUGGGAACCACUACACAAGUAUGCGUGCUCUGAGGAGCCACCUCCGUGGACACACACAAACCCAUGGCACGCCAUCAACGUCUGGACCCUCCUCUAUGUCCUCCCUUGAGGCAGAGAAAGAUGAUGAACCAGGUGACAUCCAGCAAGGUGAUUGUAGUCUGAUAAUCUGUAGCACUUGUGGAGAAAGUUUCACAAAGAAACAGGACCUACUUGCCCAUCAGCUUCUGCAUGGCAGUACAGUGGUUGAGCAAGCAGAACAGUAUGUCACCCAGAACAAGAAUGAGCUCAAACCAAAAGAAGAAACUGAGAGCAUUAUCUGUGGGAAGUGUGGUGUAGCCUGUACAAGUGUUCAUUACCUUGAGAUCCACAACUGCACUGGAAAAGGCACUGAAAAGAUUGAACAGUGUGAUAUAAAGCCAGAUCUUGGCAAUGCUCUUGGGCAAGAACCUGCAUAUGGGAGAACCUGGGAGUGUCCAGACAGUGGAGAUAGGCAGUACAGAUGCGACCAAUGCGGACGCUCGUACAGACAUGCUGGCUCGCUUCUAAAUCACAAGAAGUCACACAAAACAGGGGUGUUCCGCUGCUUUGUUUGCCAGAAGCGCUUUUACAACUUACUGGCCCUUAAAAACCACCAGAGAACACACUUCGAUGUUAAAAAGCACAGUUGUACAGAAUGUGGGAAAGCUUUCAAAAUCCACAAGCAACUGUUGAACCAUCAGAGAGUUCAUCAGGAAAACAAGGCCAAGAUUGAGGAACUCAACAAACAGAUUCAGACCCUCAUGCAGAUGAGUGGCAGUGUCUCAGUGAGUGGAAUGCAGACAACCAAUGGCAAUAGAAAAAGAAGCAGCCGACGCCGCAAGCAAAAAGAAACUCCUAGUAGUGAACAGUCCAGGCUGAAAAAGGAUGGGCAGGCAGGGGAUCCUAAUGACCCACGGCCUUUUGUCUGUGACCAGUGUGGGCGAAGCUAUCGGCAUGCUGGAAGUCUGGUCAACCACAAAAACUCGCACAAGAUGGGCGAAUAUUAUUGUGCCGUGUGCAACAAUACCUAUUCGAACCAACUAGCAAUGAAGAAUCAUUUGCGUAUUCAUUUCUCUGUGAAAAAGCACUGCUGCCAGGACUGUGGGAAAGCAUUCAGAGGAAAGAAACAGCUACUGAACCACACUUGUUCACACAACCGCAAGAGUGCAGCAGCAGUGAGAGGAAAGGGUAGGAGUCGCAGACGAGCAAAGGAUUUAACAUGCAAGGGUUGCUGCUUGGUAUUUCCGACGGCAGACCAACUUGCAGAUCACCCUUGUAGCAAAGAGCCUGGUCCUCACUCUGCUCUGGUAGGUGCUGAUCAUAAUGGCAGUGGUAAUGCACGUGUAGUAAAAGAGGAACGACCUUUCAAGUGUAAUAUUUGUGGACGAAGCUACCGUCAUGCAGGCAGUCUGCUGAAUCAUAAGAACACACACAAAACUGGCCAUUUCACCUGCUCAUUCUGUGCCAAGCCUUUUUCUAAUCCCAUGGCGCUGCGUAAUCAUACUCGUAUCCACACACAAAAGAAGAAAUAUGUUUGUCCGACAUGCGGUAAGGCUUUCCGACUCUCAAGUAUCCUUUACAACCACCAGAAGAUCCAUGCCAGGGGAGUCACCCAUUAUAGCUGUCAAACAUGUGGUAAGAGCUUCCAGGGAAAAUCUGGACUCAAGAGACAUCGCUGUUACAGAAAUGGCACGUCAACAUCUGCUGCCAAUCAAGAUGGAGGGGACAAGUGUUAUACGUGUGAUCAGUGUGGACGCUCCUACAGACAUGCUGGCUCUCUUCUCAACCAUAAGAAGACUCAUUCUGCUGACCUUCUCCAUUGUACUCUCUGCCUCAAAACGUUCACUGACCCUCUUGAACUCCAGAGCCAUUCCCAGAUGGCCCGCCACUGCUGCCCAGAUUGUGGGAAGACCUUUUGUGAGUUUGCACAUUUGCAGAGUCACAUGGAGGUGCACAGCAAGGGACUCCCUUAUUACUGCAGCCUGUGUCAGCAGAACUUCCCCAACCAGACCAGCUUUCAGCAGCACCAGGAGGUCCACCAUACCAUGCAGGGACAGUCACAUCAACAGCAGGGUAGGCAGAUGCCACAGGAUUUGGAUUGGGAUUCUGGACUGGACCAACAGAUCGGGCUUCAGGAUCUUCACAAGAUGGACCCAGCUUUCAGCCAAAUGCAGGGUGGCUUCCCUGAACCGCAUGAGAGUGGUGAGGCAUUUGGAAAAGAGGAAAAGAGCCACGUGUGCGAGCACUGUGGACGUACUUACCGACACGCCGGAUCCCUGCUGAAUCACAAGAACAGCCACAAAACGGGCUCCUUCUUCUGCUCCGUGUGCCAGAAAGAGUUCACCAACCUGAUGGCGCUGAAGAACCACCGGCGUAUUCACACUGAGCCAAAGCGCUACCAGUGUUUGGAAUGCGGUAAGGCCUUCCGGGUAUCCACCCAGCUCAUCUGCCACAGGCGCAUCCACACCAAAGAGAAGCCCUUCUCCUGCCUUCUCUGUGACAAGCGUUUCUCUAGCAAGUCCAAUCUGCGGCACCACCAGAAGAUGCACCAGAACACCCAGCAGUCCUUUGAGUCCUUCAACAUGGACCCAAAUGCCUUCAUGGGACUAGAUGUGGACCCUUUUCUCUGAGGCCAGAUCCAUAAGACCCAUGUUCCAAUCUUGGUUUUCCAAGGGAAGAUAUCAAAUAAUACUUCUGUUAUGAAACUCUUCCCCCACCCAAGGCCCAAUGCCAAUAAUCGUAAAACAUCAGGUUCUUCUGCUGUAUUUGUCAAGAUGGUGUCGAAUCCAGAUGCUGAUCUUGGCAAGAGUUGCCUCCUGUACUGUUGUAUUUUAAAAUAUUUUUCUUUAACGGACACUUAAGACUGGCAUUGACGCGAUACUACCUCUGGUAGGGACAGUGAUACUGUAGAAACUUUAGAAUAAGUGAUGGUGCCUGUCAGAGACCAUUUUAGAUUUGAAUGUUUCUUUUUUUAGUCUUCUCACAGAGUGCACAAAAACUAAAGAAUUGUAUGGUACUACGUUAGGUCUCAAAUUGAAGACGGGUGAGAGUAUAUUUACGUAGAUAUUUUACUCCAGUGCUGCCUCUAACAGUAGAGUCCGACCGAUUAUUUGGAUGAAACCAAACGAAAGUGGAUGAGAAGGACCUCCUGCGUCUUUCCAUGAAUUGUGCUUCCGUGUUUUAAGGUCAUUGUACUACUCCUCAUAAAUAUUUGCUCUAUAUUCACGUCAUCAGUGUCUCAUUGAUUAAAUUUUACAUGUUAAGUCCUUCACUUUCAUCAUGGAUGACACUAUUAAUGCUGUUAAACAGCAAUAGUGGAGUUAAUAGCAGUUCCCUGAGGCCUAUCAAUAGAAAAGAUAUUUAUUUAUUUAAAAGCCUAUUUAUACCCUAAAAUUUACAUGUAAAAUAUUUGAAAAACUGUCUUCAUUAUCACCCUUCUGAUGUGGUAAAGCUUAUGCAUGGUAUUAGAUGUUUAACAGUAAAUUACCUAGGUAUUGUAGAUAAGAUACAAUACAUUUAAAAAUGCCUCCUCCUAAAGCAUUUCAAGUGUUGUAUUUGAAGUAGCCAAGUAAUAAGUUUGACUUUUAUUUUCUCAGUGUUUAAAUUAAUGUAUUCUCUUGUAUAUUACUUUUAUUUAAUCUUGUGUGUAUGUUCUUCCCAAAAUGACUGCUGAGUAAGACAAUGGUUAGCUAAUGAACAGGAAUGUGUAACCUUAGAGACUGUGUUGGUACUGGACCCAGAAAUCCAUGAUCGGUCGGGCUCUAUCAUUGGCAGUAACACCUGGAAUACUUUUCAGUAGUUUUAUAAUUGCUCAGGUUUCACACCUUAAUCAGUAGAAAUAAAUAAUUACACCAUAUGUUUUUGACUGAUGCACACACAGCAUCAUGGGAGGCAUCAGUGUUUGGAUAUGAUGCUAGGUUGGAUUUAUGUGCCAUUUCAUAUCAUUGCCCUACUUAGAAUAAACUUAGUAGUAGUUUCCAUUUAUGCCUAUAUUUCAGUGCUUACUGAUUAUUUAAGGAGUUGCAGACCUUCAUGGAUUAAGUGCAUUUCACAUGAAACUCCACUGACUUCUGAAUCUUCGAGAUUCUCUGUAAUCAGUUGCAUAUAUCUUAAAAUACAGAAUAUUUAUUUUUGUUCUUAUAAUCGAUGUUUCUCUUUCUCAAGUAGGGGACUAAGCAGAUACUGUUUAUUUGUAGAUGUUCAUGCCCUCACUUCCUGGAACUGAAUAAACACAGUGUAAAUGUU